CAUGAAAGUGUCAUGCGGACCGCUCAUCGCUCCCCCUAAAUUUAUGAGAUGACACCCACAAGAUCCCCGGUAACCGAAAUGGCAGAAAACAACGAAAGAAGUGGCCAAGAGGUUCCAAAUCCAUUGGAGAACUCACUGCACCCCACUGCACAAAGGCAACAUCCCUUGCCGCAUGCAGGGAUGAUUCGUCCAUGUCUUCCUCCUUUUCCUCCUUUUACUUCUCGUCUUUGUCUGGCUCCUUUUCCUCCUCGUCCUUUUCUAUCUCCUUUUCUUCCUUUUCCUCAUCAUCCUCCUCUUCCUUUUGCCCCACCGCCGCCUGACCAACAACAAUUACCCCCUGGGGAUGCUCCUCUCCCAGGAUGA